CUGUGCUUUCCCUCCAUUUUGCCAAUCCCGAGCGUUUACAGCCGGCCUGUUCAAUUCUCUCACCUUCUGGCGAGCUCUGAGUUUGAUCUGCAGCACGACUUCGUUCUCCCGUUGACUUGUUGCUCGACUGAAGUGGAAAGGCUAAUGCUUCCUAUUAUCUCAUCUCUGUGCAAUGCCGAAGAGGAAUUUUCAUAUGUUGGCGAAAAAUUUGCUGGAAUUUCCGGUUUUGUUGUAUCGUUGCAUUGGGACGAAUAUGGAUCCGGAGGCUGCAAGGACUGCUCGAGAGUCUCUUGAUCUAGCAUUUCACAUGUCGAACAUCCUUGAUACAGGGCUUGACCGUCACACUCUGUCGGUUCUCAUUGCUUUAUGUGACCUCGGGCUCAACCCCGAAGCCCUUGCUGCCGUUGUCAAGGAACUCCGAAGAGAACCCUCUGUAUCAGUCCCGGCCACUGCUCCACCUUCGUUCCCUUGAUCAGGUUCGAAGCUGGUGUGCGUUGCAAACUAUUGUUUGGUCCCAGGGGUUGAGAAGUCUACUCUCCAAUUGGUAUUGUCAUCAAUUUUAUUCGUGCUCGAGUUCAAGAGCUCAGUAUCUGGCAGAUUCCGAGUUUCUAUGGGAAGCAGAUCCAUUUCCCACUCUUUCUACUCAGUGCUUAUUGAUCUAAAACACAUGUUCUUUCUUCAGGUCAUUGUAAGUAAUGAUAGCUACUCUAAUACCGAUGUACACUACAAACGGAUCAUCCGACUGUCAAUUGGCCCUGUUCGAGUUAGUGAAUUGUUCUCUUCAUUGUCUCCCAUGCCAAUUUGAGCAAGAUAAACUGAAAUGCUGGAAAUUGUGCUGGGUUGCUUCAUUUAAUUCCGAACAGUGACAGCAUGGUGUCUUUCAUUCAUUCUCAA